AUGCGUGUUCGGAAAAUAUCCAAUUUGAAUCAGGAUCUUGUUGAUAUUAUUGGUAAAAUAUCCGAUAUAAUUAAUAUUAAGAAAAUAAAACAUUUGGUAGUGUUUGGCACAGAUGAGAUAGACUGUUUUCUCGGUGGACUACAUUGUGUUUUAAUUAAGGGAUUGAGAGAAGGUGCUAAAGUUAACAUAAGAGUGCUCAUUAAGUGGCAUUCCAAUCCUAUAGAUAGAAUACACUUUAGAUCAGCUUAUCAAAGAGAAUGUGUUUUUUAUCGACAUAUUGUACCAAGACUGGUAGAACUUCAGCAAAGUUACGAAAUAAUUGAAGGUUUAAAAAUUAAGUUUCCAAACUGUAUACUGGCCGACACGGAAGACAAUGAGGAAAAAAUCGUUUUACAUUUUAACAAUGAUUUUAAACUUUUAAGUAGAUAUUGUAAGUUGGACUUUAGUCACUCCUCGAUUGUUUUGAAAAAUCUUGCUAAGUUACAUGGUUUGUCAUUUGUCUUACAAAAAACAUCGCCGAAUGAUUUUGAAUAUAUUCGGAAUUUAUGCGAUAAGGAUGUUCAAUAUGCCGAUCCGGACAAUAUACCAGAGUUGUUGUUUGACUAUUUCAAAGAAUCUUUAGAAAUCGUGGAUAAUAGAGAAAUAAAAGCAAAACUUGAAGAAAUAUCGCCGCACAUUUUGGAACUAUUAAGUAAAUCAACUGCACCGGUGAGAAAUUAUAGCACUAUUUGUCACGCAGACUGCUGGAAUAAUAACCUCUUAUUCAAAUAUCAGGUAAACGAUAUUAAUUAUAUGUUGUAUUUAAGUGCUAAUAAAUACUCACAUAUUUCUUUUCCUACCUUCAAAAAUACAGGGAAAAGACCAGUGGAUGUCAUUUUUGUGGAUUAUCAGUUGGUUCGCUAUGCUUCACCGGUGACAGACAUAUCAUACUUUUUAUAUAUGAGUACGGAUCAAGAAAUACUUUGCAAUCAUUACGAUCAACUGUUGAAUAUUUAUUAUGGAACUUUGUCAGCAGUAUUAAGACAGUGCAGUUUAGAAGUAAGCGAUAUUUAUCCUAAGGAAAUAUUUCAGAAGCACUUGAGGGAAUAUUCCGUUUUGGGAUUAAUAGAGACAUUGAUAUCAAUGAAGAUAAUAACAGCGGACACCGACGAGGCUUUAAAGAUGACUAAAAUGAAAUAUUAUUUAUCGGAACCGUCUGGUUAUUCUGGCUGUAACACAAAGAAUCAAGCAUUUUAUGUGGAAAGAAUAAACGGGGUUGUUAACGAGUUUUUCAACAGAGGUUAUUCAUUAGAUGCUUUAUUAUGUCAAUAA